CCCACCCGCGGGGCGGGCACUGCUGUGUGCGUGCCCUUCGCGGCUCCCGCGGCGCUCGGUCCGGUGCCGGCGCUCGGCCGCCUCCCCGCGGCGCGGCGCGGCGGAGCUGCCGCCAUGGAGCGGGUGCAGGCGGUGGGCGCGGUGGAGCUGCUGGCGGCGGCGCAGGCGCAGCUGUCGGCGCGGCGGCUGUCGGCUGCGGAGGAGCUGUACAGCCGCCUCAUAGCCCGCGGCGCGGGGCCUGGCGCCGACCACCACCUGGCCACCGCCCUCAACGACCGGGGCCACAUCAAGUACUUGCGGGUGGAGUUCGCCGCCGCCAUGGAGGACUACACGGCCGCCAUCGAGUGCCAGCCCGGCUUCGAGGUGCCCUACUACAACCGCGGCCUGGUGCUCUACCGGCUGGGAUGCUUUGAUGAGGCCAUGAAAGAUUUCAGGAAAGUAUUAGAGUUAAAUCCCCAGUUUGAAGAUGCUGCACUGAGUCUAAAGCAGGCUAUUCUUGAUAAAGAAGAAAAACAAAAGCGAGGUUAUUGAAAAUGCAGCUACUGGUGUGCAAAAACUCGUGAUUUUUGUCAUCGAUGGAUGAAACACAAGAUCAUUUGCAUCUGUUAUGACCUGCUAAAGAAACCUUGCUUUGGGGUAAAUAAGUUAAAAAUGGAUUAUGAUUGCAAAAGGAACUAUUUUUGCAUAUGCUUAGUGCUGAAGAAGAGCAUAAUGUUAGAUCUCUGUGAGAUACUUGUACAGAUUUUGUACAGAUGUACUUUAUAAAGACAUUGGAAGCCUAAUAAAAGCGGAUGAAGUCUGUAGUUCUCUUGUUAUAACUGUGUUUCUGUACUCUUUCACAGAUUGUUUUAAACAGUCAUAGGAAAGAAAAAUCACUAAAACAUGGAAGUACUUAAGAUUGGAGCUUGUGAGAAGUACAGUGAUUUAAUAAUGAUUGAUAGUAUUUGUCCACAUUCAAAUAUAAAUUUAAGCUAAACAUGAAGUUGUUAGUUACAAGGUGUUGUACUGGAGAUGCUGCAGUAACUGAUUUUCUUUUCACUUCAGAGUGUUUCUGUAUUAAAAAAAACACUUAGCAGAAACACUGAGAUUUCUUUAGGAAACACCAUCUGUACCUGGCAUGGGGAAUGUGGCACAAGAAUUCAGUCCUUUGUUAGUUCAUUCACCCCUUGAGGUAGUUUCACAUUACCUGAACAGGCAGGACCAGAGCAUACCUAUUUUUUGUAAUCCUAUUGCAAAAGUAUUGGACAGAUUAAUAAUUGAAUGAAUAAAAAUGAACACAGGAUUUUUAUCUCAUAAUUGUCUUUACGAAGGUUAUCUCGGAGAAUGUAGUUGGGCUGUUCGCAGUAGGAGUUGUGGCUUUCUCCUUGUUGCCAAAAAGGUUGAUUGCUUCAAAAAUACCAUAUGGAAUCUCUGAUUGAGCUGGCUGUGAAUGCCCAGGCAGCUUCAUUCCUCCAUCAUAGGGGGGACCAUUGCUGAAAUCUAUAAAUCAUCAAUGAGAAGCAUCCUUGCCUGUUCAUAGCAAUGUAAGUUCUAAUAAAUACUUUUUGAUUGCCCA